AUGCUCCAUUCCAAUCCCACCCUAAAGCUUCUUUUCUUGUGCCUCCUUUCCAUAGCCGUACUUCCACAGCUCUUUCCCAAGCCUACUGUAUCAACCCGUCUUUCUUCGACUGCCCGCUGUCACAUGUCCAAAAAACCGUCCCGAAGUCCCCAUGGUCCGUCUCUAACCAGCACGUCGCCCAAGUUGGCGUUUGUUUUGACCCAGAUGGUCCGUUUGGUCCGGGCAGCGCCCGUGGCGGCCUCCAGCGAGCCCAAGACGGCGCCGCAUCCAAUGACCCGCGAGCAGUUCUACGCCAACCUCGCCACGUCUGUUUUCCUCGUGUUGGCCGGCGGUGUUUUCGCCGGCUUGACUUUGGGCCUCAUGGGCCAGGACGAAGUGUACUUGAAGGUGAUAGCCACGUCCGGCGAGCCCCGCGAGCGCAAGCACGCCCGCAAGGUGUUGCGGUUGAUUGGCCGCGGCAAGCAUUGGGUGCUUGUGACGCUUCUUUUGUCCAACGUCAUCACCAACGAGACUUUGCCCAUUGUGUUGGACCGGUGCCUUGGAGGCGGCUGGCCUGCCGUCGUCACGUCCACGGCGCUGAUUGUCAUCUUUGGCGAGAUCAUCCCGCAGUCCAUCUGCGUGCGCUACGGCUUGCAAGUGGGCGCCAUGUUUGCGCCGUUUGUGUUGGUGCUCAUGUACGUGAUGUACCCUGUGGCGUACCCGUGUGCGUUGCUCUUGGACCACAUUUUGGGCGAGGACCACGGCACCGUGUACAAAAAACUGGGGUUGAAGACGCUAGUCACCUUGCAUAAGACCAUGGGUGUCGAGCGGUUGAACCAGGACGAAGUCACCAUCAUCUCGGCCGUGUUGGACUUGAAGGAGAAGCCCGUGGCGCAGAUCAUGACGCCCAUGGACCACGUCUACACCAUGUCGUCCGACAGCAUCUUGGACGAGAAGACCGUGGAGGAGAUUUUCCACGCGGGCUUUUCCCGAAUCCCCAUCCACCUUCCGGGCGAGCCCAUGAACUUCAUCGGCAUGCUCUUGGUGCGCGUGUUGAUCUCGUACGACCCGGAGGACGCGCUCCCGGUGGCGCUGUUCCCGUUGGCCACGUUGCCCGAAACCGCAGCCGACACGCUGUGCUUGAACAUACUUAACUACUUCCAGGAGGGCAAGUCGCACAUGAUUGUCGUUUCCGAGACGCCGGGCGAGCCCACAGGCGCUCUUGGCGUGCUCACGUUGGAAGACGUGAUCGAGGAGUUGAUCGGUGAGGAGAUUGUCGACGAGUCCGACGUUUACAUUGACAUCAACAAAAACAUCAAGCGCAAGAACCCGGGCCCGCUCCUAAAGCGCAACUUGGCGCUGUACUUGCACACAUUAUACCAGCAGUCGACUGCCAGCUCCAAACGGAACCUGACAGACAUGGACACGCUGCAGGACUCGGCUGUUGUCGCUUCGCCGGCUCGUCUGCGAGCGCCGCUAGCGUCGCCUAUUUUUGCGCCCGUCAACCCAGCCGCCAACCCAUUGGCGGUGUCCAAGGCGUAUGUGACGAUCAAACGGCCUGCCGAAAGACGCAGCUCCAUGGAUAAAACGGUGCCGGGGCCUGACCUCCCGCCGCCUCGGAACGGCAACUACGACCAAGUCUUUACUACUGAAGAAGGGGCGCUCGAGGCGGCACGCGAACGCAGCGACCACGCGAGGGCCACGCCGGAAGCCAGGAAGGGCAACUCGCCGUUUUUGAAUGUUCCUGGAAAAGAAGACGGAAGCGCCGGAACGGAUCACGCCAAUGACGCAAACGGACACGAAGCGACCGAAAACGGCGCCAAGGACGAUGGCGUUAGUGGCGACGUCAGCAGCGAUGACGAGAACAAUAACGGCGCCGCAGAAGUGCCGAUGGCCAGGUCUGCGUCUGCAAAGUCGGGCAGGUCGGCCAAGCACUCCAAAUCGCCUAAGUCGUCCAAACACUCCAAGUCGUCCAAGUCGUCCAAGUCGUCCAAGUCGUCCAAAUCAUCCAAAUCCUCAAAGUCGUCCAAAACCAGCUCUGGUUCCCACAGCGACGACUCUCCGCCGCCAGAAGAAAUCUCCGAGUCUCGCUCGUACCGUACAGGCGGUAUAGUGGAGUCCGUGGUCAAUGUUCAGGGCGUCCACAAGACCAUCAUCGAAGACAUUAGCGAGGAGGAGCCGUCGGACAUUGAUAUUUCCAGUUUCAGCAGCUCUCUGCGCCGCUCGCGGAAACGGUGGGGCAGCGACGAGGAAUCGCAGCGUCUUAUGAACUUCUGA